AUGAGGACACUCGCCCUCCUCACCGCCCUUUUCCUGCUGGCCUUCCAGGCCAAGGCUGAGACUCUCCCAGAAAGAGCUGAGGAGGCUUCGGACCAGGAGCAGCCAGGGGAAGAAAACCAGGAUAUGGCCGUCUCCUUUACAGGGGCUGAAAGUCCUGCACUUGAAAAUCUAGGUGCAAGGAAGACCUACAUCUGCCAUUGCAGAGUACGAGCCUGUUAUAGUACAGAAAGUGUCUCUGGGACCUGCACCGGGAGAACCAAAAACUAUGUAUUCUGCUGCCGCUGA